AUUCACGCAUGCGUUCUUGUUAUAAACAUGCUUGUGUUAACCUACAAAAGAUGUUAAAAUGUUUUGAAGAAUACAAGUUCAUUCCUUUUAAAUAUAUAUCUAUUGAUGACUUUCCAAUAUUUUUAUAUUGAAUAUACAUAGUUCAAUUUGAAUUAUAUUGCAAUGAAUAAUCUGAAGCAUUUGAAAGUUAGAUGUUUGCCUGUAAAUGACAUCAAAGGGCAAAUAAUACAUAUUUCUCUUGGAAGUGAUAAGAAGAGAAAAGAAAUAUACUAUCUCCAUAAUGGUAGUCUCAAUCAUGUCGAUUUGGGAAAGCAAGAAGAAUGUACCAUCUGCACCGAAAUCCAUGAUGUGAUUCGUGCAGAAUACAUGCCUGGACAUAAUAAGAUAUCCAUUUCUGCUAAGCGUAAUAUAUUCAUAAUAGACUGUGAAACCUUAGAAUUCUAUAAACGUGACUUCGAAAAUAUUCUCCAGACUGGUUGGAACAGUGGCUUUGAUAAUUUUGCUAUUUUAUUUGAAAGUGGAGAGUUAACAACUUAUAUAUUUGAUGCUAGAUGUGAAUUAAUAGACAAUGCUAAAGGAAAUAUUAAUGCUGCAGUUCCACUACAGCUAUCUGUUGGAUGGGGAUCUCAAAAAACUCAAUUUCAAGGUCCUUCAUUACCAGAGGAAAGAAAUACCAGUGAAAUACAUAUGAUUCCAACUGACAAUGAAAAACCUGUUAUUUCUUGGAGAGGAAAUGGCGAUGAGUUUGUAGUAACCUAUCUAGAAGAUAAUGCCAGGGUAUUCAAGGUUUUUGAUGCUUCCUGCUCUCCAAAAGCUAAAGCAGAAUCUUUGAAAGGACUUCUAUAUGGUCCUGUUGCAUGGAAACCACAAGGCAAUAUUAUUGCUGCAGCAAUGUUCUGUAAAGGAAAGAACCGCAUUGGACUUUUUGAGAGAAAUGGGCUUUUCAGAAUGCAUUUUCACUUAGUGGAUAUAAAUUAUCCAAUCUCUUUUUUGUCGUGGAGCUUAUGUGGAAAAGUGUUACUCGUAGUUCAAGAAGAUGAUAAAGGUAACUCUCAUGUUUGCCUCUAUGUAACAUGUAAUAUGAAAUGGUUCCUCAAACAACACUUGCUGUUCAGCAAGAAUAAUCCUUUGGGUACAUUAACUUGGGUACCAACUGAUCCGCAGUGCCUUGAACUUGUAGCAAUUACUGGAAACGAAGUUCUGCAAUAUAAGUAUAAAUUUCAAUUUGAUGUAGACAGUCAGAGUAACAUAAUCGUUGCUAUAAAUGGAAAAUCAUUACGUAUCCAUGGAUUCUCGAAGUCUGUGGACCCAUCUCCUAGUUGCACAUCGAUAGUUUCUCUCAACACUGCAGCAAAUAUGAUUGCUUUCCAUCCCAACAAACAUCUUUUAGUAGCUAUCGAUUCCACAAAUAAUCUCUAUUGUUUCAAUGUGAAGGGAAUCGAGCUGGACUUGAUCUUUCAGUCGUGCUUAGGAACUCAAGCAUUCCCUUUGAAAGUAAACCACUUGUUCUGGAAAGAGGAAAAUCCUUGUGUUCUUGUGGAGAAUCCAUCUGAAUAUUGUACCAUUUUAUAUGAGUUCAAUUUGGAAACCAAACAGUUUUUGAAAGUACAACAGUUCGAUGUUACACAGUUUCCUAUCGAACAAAUCUAUGCUGUAGACAAUAUAGUUGUUAAGCAUGAUGUAAAAUAUAGAACCAUACAUAGAGUUACAGAAACUCCUGUUACCUCGUUAAAUAUAACUUAUCCUUUUGAAGUGGUGGCUCUCAAGUACGAAAGUGAAAUAUUCUCGCUUGUUUUGAAUCCUAAUCAAGAUCUUUUCAUCGAGGAUGAACUUGUUUGCCGAGGAAUAACGUCAAUGCUUGUUCACAAUGAUUACUUGUUACUUACUGACAAUACUUCCUUGUAUACACUGAAACUAAACCGUCAAACCAUGGAUACCUUAGCAGUUGAAGGCCUAUCAGAAUUUUAUACAAGACCUCUCAACGAAUUAGCAUAUUUAGUAUGUAUGUUGGGAGAGACAUCUAAAAUAUUACUUCAUACACCACGAGGCAACUUGGAAAUUAUUUCCUGUCGUCCUAUGCAAAUAAGAACUAUCGAAGAACUGUUAUCGAAAGGCGAAUGGGGGGAUGCAAUCAAAAUUAUGAGACUAGAAAGGAUCAAUUGGAACCUGUUAAUUGAUUUGGAUGCUGAUAGGUUUUAUGCUAAUCUAUCUAAGAUAGUUGCAGAGAGCGAUUCCCAGCAUAUCCUUAAUGCAAUGGUAGCCGAAGUUGAUGAUGAAAAUUGCUUAACAACAGUUUACAAAAAUGCUAUUGAUAUAAUUCCUUAUACGUCUAUGAAUAAGAGACGUGAUUUUCUGGCAAAACUCAGUGAUUACUUGGAUAAAAGUGGAUCAUUUGUAAACUAUCUACCAACAGUAGUAAAAGUCUGCUUAGAUCAGCAAAAUGUCCAAAAGGCGAUGACUUACAUGUCAUUUCUCAUGAAAUCUGCUGGAAAACAGCAUCGUAAAGCCGAACAAGCUAUAGCUCUGAUGAGAAUGCUGGUUGAGGCUGGGGAUUUGUUUAAAGCUGCACUUUUCACUUAUGAUAUAGAUUUGGCAGAAUAUGUUGCUCAAAGAUGUCAAUUAAACCCACAAGAAGUAGGACCAAUUCUUGAGGAAUUGAGAAAGUUAGAUAACUUUGAAAGGAGAAUCUCCAUACAUCUAAGAUACCAGAACUGGGAUAUUGCUGUCACAUACAUGCUCAACAGAGAUCAGAAGGACAAAGACUAUAUUUUACAAUUCAUACGCGAACAUGAUGUUGCUAAAGCAGCUUAUAUGGAAGCCAUUAAGAUCAAGGAAUUGGACUUCAUGGAGGAUAUCGCACAACUUUAUGUCCAGAAACUCAUACAGAAGAGACAUCAUAACGAAGCUGCCAUUAUUUUAGUGAAAUAUCUACUCUUCGAUGAGGCCAUUCAGCAGUUUAAGUAUGCCCUUGAUUAUAAAAAGUGCAUUGAAUACAUACCGCUUACCACUCUGUCGGAAGACAGUAAAAGACAGCUCUUCACCGAACUUGCCGAGAAAUUGAUUGUUGUACAAAGGGUUCAAGACGCAGCAAUAAUUUAUGAAACUCAACUUGAAGAUUAUACAACGGCUGUCAAAACUCUGACUGAUGGUGCACUGUUUACAGAUGCUCUUAGAAUUGCUAAGGAACGAUAUUUGAGUAACUUGAUUGACAUAUAUAUCCUGCCAAAAAUGUUCAAUAUGGUACAGAAAAUCAGAGAUAUCGUUGAAGAUACCAUUAUAAAAUUCAAAAAAGGCCUAGAGCGUUUGAGUAAACUUCGUAAUAAGAAGAAGUUUGAGUUUGACAAGUUGAUGAAACGUAAUAAUGUAGGUGGGGUAUUACUUACCGAGUCACUGGCUUUCAGACGUAAAAGAACUGAUGGACCAGAAAAGACUACAAACCAAGAUUUUGACUUGCAGUCAGUUGUAUCUGAUGAAGAUGAUCAGCCGUUUUACACUGAUUCUGAUUCAGAAUCACUAGUUACGGUCAGGUCUCAUCGAUCUUCAAGAUCUACCUCUUCAUCAAGUACAACAGUUACUCAAAAACAAGUACGUAAGAUGGAGAAACAGAGGCAGGAUACAACUGAAGGCAGUAAACUUGAAGACAUAGCAUUAAUGCGAGAAUUGCAUAUAAUGAUCACGUUGAUAUUCAAAUUUGGCCCAGAAGCUAAAGAAUUAUUCCUCAGAUUGAUCGAGUAUAGCAUAAUGGAUUUAGAUACUCUGCAUCAGCAUCACCAAAAACUUUAUGCUCUUCAAGUUCUCAUGAGAGAUGAAGUUCAUAAUAUUUGGGAUGAAGAGUUCAGGUCAAGCUCAACAUUGAAUUACAUCAAUGAGAAUUAUUUCUACAUGGAUGAACAAUAUCGUGUCAUCCCACCAGAAGUUGAAAACCCAGGGUUGUCUUGGGCACUUGAAAUAUUCAAACAAUAAUUCAUAUUUGUUGAAUAUUUUCAUUCAUUGUUCUUUUUUUUUUUUAAUUUUGAACUACAGCCCCAAUGAUUUUUAGGACACGAAUAAUGUCCUUUAAAUGAAUUGGAUAAGUUUUUGUUUAAAAUAUUUGGACCACCCUUACAUGAAAUCAUGUAUUUUUGAAAGUCCCAAUAUUUCUGUUUCCCCUUGAGGAAAUAUGAAAUGAGAUUAUAUUCUUCUAUUUAUUGUUCACCAUUGUUUUUCCAUCCUGUUCUUUUGUAAAGUUUAUCAAUGUUCAAUCGUUUCAAUAAAAAGAUGAAAUGUAAA